CUGUUCUUGUAAAAAAAAAACUAAAUGUCAAUCAUAUACCAAUUGGCAUUUUGACUUCAAAACAGAAAUGUAACCUGAAAAAAAAAACAAUCGAAAUCACGAAAACUCACUAAAAGUAGAAAAUGUUUGUAGACGAAUAUAUAAUUCUAUCGAUAUAAAUUAAUUAAUGGUAGAAUCGGAAAAGCUUGCUAAUCUUCAUUCGUCAGUGUUUUAAAUAAAUAUUAAAAGAAAAUGGAAGAGGUUUCUCUACGAAUCGGUGAUAAGGUUUUUAAAGUGAACAAAGACCUUCUGUGUGAAUAUAGUGACUAUUUUCGCGCUAUGUUUAGUGGGUAUUACGUAGAGAGCGAAAAACAAGAAAUUAAUAUUGAUAUGCUAGAUCCCAAUAUAACAAGUAUUAUACUUCAAUACAUGCAAAUGGGUAUGAUACUUCUUACUGAAUAUCCACUCUCAACAAUUGGUGAAAUUGCAAUAGCAGCAAAUUUUCUGCAAAUAACAGAACUUACCAAGCAGAUACAGUAUGUCUUAGAUAUUCAAUUGAGUGAGAGCAACUGGAUUGAGACUAUGGCAAUUGCUCAAAAUGCGUCUUAUACACAUUUAGAACAGUAUUCUGCUGCUUAUGGACUGUAUUCUUUCAAUUCUAUGAAACCAGAGUACAUUCCUACAAUCCAAAGAUUAGUAUGGUAUCUGUCCCACCCCUAUUUAGAUUCUCAAAAUGAAUUGUAUGUUUUUAAAUUUGGGUUUGAGUGGCUUUGCAAGAACAAUAAAUUGGACGAUACUUUAUUAGUACUUGCUUGUUUGGACAUGAAAAGUGUUGCUAAUAGAAAUCUGAUGGAUAUACGGGAAUAUUUGAAUGACUAUGUUAGUCAACUUUCGGACAGUUUGGUUUCAGAAAUCAUAGAUUGUCUCUUGAAUAUAACUAAUAAAAAUCUCCAAAUAUCAGAAUCAAGUUUGCGUGAGCAUAAAACAGAGUUAUGCGAGAAGUUCUCAGAAAAUGUUUGGUCUGAAUCAUUGAGUAUAGUAAAAGAUAGUAGAACCCGCCUUAUUAAAUAUAUUCCUGUGGUACCCUGCCAGUUACUGAAAAAUCACAAACCAGAAUUAUUACCACAUUAUUUGUAUACUUUUGAAGAGGACAAAGGCUUUGAACAGUAUUUAGAGGUGGCAGAGAAGAACCUUUGGGGUUGGAAUCUUGCUGCUUGGGGUCUGACAAAACUUGUAAUUGUUUGUGGUGAACAUGGAAGAGGGACAGGGAUCUUCAUGAGAGAUGUUAAGGUUUAUGACACUUUAAAGAAGAAAUGGACACAGUUUGGUGUGCAGCUGCCAUCAAGGAGACAUGCAGGUGUUACAACUGUUGGAGAUCUCCUUUAUAUAGUCGGAGGUGUAGGUGAGUUUAGGGUAGUGUUAGAGACUGCAGUUGUCUACGAUUUAAAAGAAAGAAGCUGUAGAAGUAUAGCAAAUUUACCUGACGCCAUACAAAACCCAGCAGUUUGUACACAUAAUGACAGAGUUUAUGCAGCGGGACACAAAAACAUUUAUUGUUAUGAAACCUAUGAAGACAAGGAUCAUUGGCAGAUGGCAGUACGCACAAAUAUAAGAAUGACAUUUCUGAGGUCAUAUAACAACUACAUAUACUGUAUGCAAGGUUAUUUCAGAAAACUAUACAGGUUUAGACCAGGAAUAGAUAAAGAGUUGGAACCAAUUACAUCCUUAUCAAAUUUACCAGCCGCAAUGUGCAAUUUAGGUAACUGUCUUAUGGUAUUCACACAAACAGAGUGCGAUGAACUAACAGUGGAAGAGUACAAAGAUGAGUUAGCUGAUGAAAAGCCAAGAGUCCUUACUAUGAAAAUGGAAAAUAUGAGGGUCAAUGACGUAGCCGGGUCUUGCUCCUUGGUUAUGACGAUGCCCCCAAUGUGUACAGAUCUUCCUCAGUAUCAUAAACAAUACCUCUUACGGCAAACAGAAACGUUGUGAUAAUAUUGUAAGUUUGUUAUGUCUAGGUUAAAGGUUUCGGCCGUGGCUGGUUACUGUACAAACUAAUUAGGGGUUUUUACUUUCAUAUAAAUGCCAUACCCCUAACAUGUUAGCCCGUCGUAGACUGAUCUUAGACUGAAUAAUCACUUACCAGUAGGUGAGAUUGCAAUCAAGGGCUCACUUGUAGUGGAAUAAAACAAACAAAAAAAAUGUGUUGUGUAAUGUUGUGUGUUGACGGUAGAUUUGAGUUCAGUUCUCACCACCUCUUCACUUGGGUGUCGAACGAGGCCAGUAAGGGAAUAUAAGGCGACGGGCAGUAGCAUUCUCUGUGCUACUACUACCAUAUACUGUAAUCAACCUGUCUGCCCAUGUUGGGAGAGGCCUUUAGUCCAGUGCAAUGUUAUAUACUAUUGAUAAUAAUGUCAAGUUAGAAGAAUUUAUAUAAUUUUCAUGUCUUUAUAUCUUUGGCAGUCAAUGAAAUAUAGGAGAUGAUGGUAUCGUAUUUUAUCAAUAACCAAUUGGCUGUAGGUCUAAUGGUUAGCACGUUCAGGGAAAUCGGUCAAGGAAACUAUAUAUUGUCAAUAUAAUUUAACUACUAUAGAAAUCUCGUGCUUCUCUCUGUCUACUACAGGCUAUUAUUAAAAAGAAGAACGGAAACAGACCAUGGUAAAUUUAAGUACAAGUGUGGUAGUGCUACACUUUAUUUGUACCCAGCACAAAAAGUAGGAGACAGGUAAAAAAUAAAUUACAUACUUACAAAAAUUAUCAAAAUUCAAAAAAAAUCAAAAAAAAAAAACCAAAACAACAAGUGCAACGCAUUAAUAAUAUUAAUAAUAAAAAUAAAAACAAGGUAUUGAACAAUGACGUGCACAGGGUGGUUUACCAGCCCGAGCUUACGGACAACGAGAUGUCUAUCCAGUAUCUCGUCUAUCGCUAUAGAAAAGAUACGUAGGUAGAAAUAAUUAUCUGCAAGAUCCACAACAAAGCUUUGAACAGUAGCACUGCCUGUCGUGUGCUAACUGUUUCACUAACAUACAGUUGAGUUUUUUAUACUAACUAUAAAAAUUUAGACCGGACCGACUUUUCGUGUAACCAUUAUUUUUCAAAUUUUUGUUUUUACUGGUUAGCUGUUAGUGUUUAAAAAUAUUGAAUAGAUUAUCUUAUAAUAUUAUAAAUUUUCUAUCUUAAAACAAGAUAUUCCGUCACUUUUAUUACUUCCUGCGAAUUUAAACACGAAGCUAAUGCCGUUUUCACCACGUUCAAAGUGGUAGAUUUUCAAUCUACGUUUACUUCUCUGCGAUCGUGUGAAAUCUAAUCUAUUGACAACGUUGUUUCCGAAUUUUGUAAUUAGGUGGCGCUUUUUCCAUACCAUAUAAAUAGUAGUUACCUUCUAUGCGAUCGACUUGGGACAGCAAAUCUAAAUGGAGCUAAAGGAGAGCAUUUUUUAACUUAUUUUUCAAUACGACAAGAAUAGCGCUAUAACUUAACAUUAGUCCGCCUUAGUCCUUACAUCUGCGAGUAAUGUCCACAAACUUGUUCUGUAAAAUAUUCUGUGCUUGGGCUUGUAACUAUUUAAAAAAAUGAAUCGCUUUAUUAUUUAUUUAUUUUAUCCUUGCGGUACUUAAUUUAAUUUGAGGUGACGAAGAAUACGUAUAGACUAAACAAUAUUUUUAUUCUUUUUAAAAAACUAUUUUACUAUUGUUAAGAAAAUA